AUGGUCACUAUUAAUUAUGAACCAGUUGAACAUUUACCUUACAUUGAUAAUAAUAUACUGCCUGAAGAAAGAGCAAAUGUUGAACAAUUAAUUAGAUUAGAAUUAGCAAAUCAAUUUAAUACAAAUAUGACAAAUUUUACAAAUCAUAGACAGAAUAACACUAUAGAAACUGAUUCAAAUAUAGAAAAUGAUAUUAUAAUACCCAAUAAUCUUGAAAAUUUAACAAAUUUACCACUUCAUCCUCAUAUUCAACAAUUAUUUCCAAAUGAUCGUCAACAACAUCCGCAACCUUCAAGUUCCUUAAAUGUAAGUCUACAACAUUACCAAGAAGAAGAAGAGGAAGAAGAGGAAAAAGAAGAGAAUGAAAAUGAGAAUGAAAGUGAUGAUAACAUGGAAGAAGAUGAGAUUGUACCACCAAAACCAAUGAAUAGUAUAGAUUUAGAAAGGUAUACAAAUUUUGAAAAUAACGAUGAUGCAGAGGAGUCUAUUAAUUAUAAAAAUCUUUAUACAACACUUGGUUAUUCAACAUUACAACAAAAACAUUUAGAAUUAUUAUUAUCAAAUAAAUCAGAUUUAAAUAAUUUGCAAAUUGAUAAUUUAGUAAACUUGGAUAAUGUAAAGAAAGAUAUUCAAAUAAAUAUAAAUAAGAAAAGGACAAUGAUUGAUGAUAUAGAAUUACAAAGAAAGAAACGUCAAUUGAAUGAUUUUAAAACUUAUCAGGAUUAUUAUGAUGGAAAAUGGAAAAAUGGUAUAAAUUCAGCAAUUAUGGCAUCUAUUGAAAUUGCAAAAAAUAAGUAA